UUUUUGGAAAACAUUUGCACCAUUCGAUCGCUUCAUCAUGCCAUUCGUGCGAGUGCCUAGGCUUCUGGUUGUUGUUGUGUUUGGAUUAUCUUUGACGUCAAGGACUUUCUCACAACCACAGGAGCGACCCAAAGAUGACGUGCUAACAACUGCAGAUUUGCAGCGUGCCGCCAAGCGCCUCAAUGUCGAGCUGCGGGAGAACGUCGCAGGGCCUUGGUAUCAGAUUGAACUCUAUAGUGGAGAUCGGCAGCUGGGCAAAACCAGCGGCUGGGCUCAGCCAUGGGGCAGUUUGCACUUGGAGACCAUCGAGGUCCGAAAGUUCACGGGCUAUUGGGUGGCGAAACCGGGGAAGGAAUCCGAGGCAUCGGAAGAUGCCGAACGAAAGCGCUAUGCCGAUGUGGCGAAGGUGGCACGGUGGUUUGGUUUACUGCUAUCAUGCGCCAUAGCAUGUUGGAACCGGGAGCGAUCCCCAUUUUUCUGCAAGGAGGCGUAUCUUCUGGCCAUCAAAGAUGAAGAGAAGCAGCACGACCGUCUUGUCCGGUAUUACAAAGGCUUGGGCUUCAAGGUCAUCAAGGACCCAGAGACAUUGGAGUAUCAGGAUCAGGCGGCCUUGACUUGCUGCUUGCUGGCGCCAGCCUGGCUGGGCCCGACUUGCCCGAAAUUUUCUCGGAGAGCUAUCGGAAUCAUUAUCCCUCUGACAAUUCUGGGACCAACAGAGUCAGGCGCUGAUGUCCACGUGGUGCGACCACAGAAUGUCACGGAUGGUGCGUUCUAUUCCUUUGAUGUUCCCGAUUCCUUCAAGGCCGUGAACCGGGCCAAGUACCAGAGAGAUCGACAGCUUCUUGGCAAGACUGCUGAGUAUGUAUCGGAUAGUGGAGCGCGGGUGUUCACCGGUGAGAGUCCUUCGGAGGACUUUGUGAAGCGGCGGCGCCUGACCGUGCCACGCAGUCAGCAGAAGGUUUUGAAGUACGUUCUUGGUGAGAAGGAGGAUCUGCUGGAGUGCAUAGUGAAGGAGCCACAGGAAGACGGCGGCGAGAUGCUCAAACAUCGUUGGUGGCGAGUGCUGAAAGAUGGAGGCACUAGUGCAAUCAUGGACUUGGAUUUGAAGGAGGACCAGCUGAAGGAAUUUGGACCUGAAAUGGAGGCUAUCCUUCAAAGCUUUCGCCUGGGCAACUGACUUUUGAUUCGGCUGCACCAAGCAUUAAAGAAUCGCAUGCGACAUGCGCAAAGAUCACCGUAUAGCUGACCAAAGCUGACAAAGAGGCGAACAUUCAAGACCGAUUGCAAAGGAUCUGUACAUGAUUCACAUGAUUCUCCCGCUGUGAUUAGAAAUUUUCUCCGGAUAUUGGAGGCUAUGAGGCUGGUUAGAUCUCCCAAAGAGCAGAGAUUUCCCAGAUGAAGAUCGGAUGCCAGGUGAUUUGGGGUGGCCAGGGCACUUUGAUGCGGACGGACGAGGCGGACUUCAUGCGAAGGUGGACGCCAGUCGUUCGGCAGCUGGCUGGGCCCAGCAGGAUGUCAGGCAGCAAGAAUCUUUGAGCUGCUCGAAUUGUCUGAGCUGAA